UCGCGUUGAAACGUCUGAAUUUAUUUAUCUAACCUCGACGUAACAGAACCGUAUCUGAAGCAACGUGGACAUGAAGUUACGUUCAUCUAGGUAGCAUAUGGAUGUAACAUGGGAUGACGUGUAAUUAAAACCCAAGGACACGUGUAACAGUGUAUUGUAGUACUAGUACUGAUGGAGAAGCCUGUGUGGAGCAGAGGUCGCGGCGCUGGCCGAGGAAGGGGUGCAGGUGGACAGAAGCAAAGUCAUUUGUCAAAAGUCGGUUCACAGAAAGAAAGAGCGGGAAUACAAGUUGCGGAGAGUACAAGUGAGCAGAAGUUUAAAGAUGCAGCAGCCAAACACCAGGUGGCGCUGCAGCGCUUUGCUGGUGCAGAUGAUAGCGAUUCCGAGUCUUCAGAGGAUGAGCUCGAAGAUGAGAAAAUAAUAGAACAUGUCUUGAAAGAAUACAGUGAACAGAACUACAUCGAUGGUGGUGGAGGGAAUGGGAACGAGGAAAGCCUGCGACGCACACAGCAGUACCUUGCCGAGACAUUCCAGUCCGGAGCCGUCGUCUGCCUUGUCUGCAUCGAGUCCAUCAAACGAGUUGAUGCGGUGUGGAACUGUGGUGGGUGCUAUUGUAUGCUGCACAUGCAGUGCAUACAGAAGUGGGUGAUGGAGGGAGCCCAUCAUUCUACGUCACGCCUUUCCGAUGACCUCUUCCCACAAAAGGAGGUCAACUGGUUCUGCCCAAAAUGCCGCAAGGAGUACACUCAGGCACAAUGCCCCUCCAAGUACAUGUGUUUCUGCGGCAAGACCCAGGACCCGAAGCUUGACCCAUGGACUGUCCCUCACUCGUGCGCGCAGACGUGCGGCCGGGACCUGCAGCCAGCAUGCGGUCACGCCUGCCUGCUGCUGUGUCACCCAGGACCCUGUCCGCCCUGUCCGCAGGUGGUGAAGACGACGUGUCACUGCGGGCGCGGCACGGCCGUGCCUCGGCGGUGCGCGGCACGAGCUUGGAGCUGCUCGAAACCCUGCGCGCGCACCCUGCAAUGUGGCCAGCAUGCCUGCACUGCUCCCUGCCACCAGGGGGCGUGCCCAAGCUGCGCAAAGGAGAGUGAGCAACCAUGUCUGUGCGGAAGAGAGACGGCCGUUCGGCCGUGUGCGGCGCGCGAGUGGCAGUGUCAGAAGGUGUGUGGACAGUGGCUGAGCUGUGGUCAUCACAAAUGUGAGAGCCCGUGUCACAGUGGGGACUGCGGCCCAUGCGCCCGCGCCACACAGAGGUGCUGCCCCUGUGGGAAGACGCGUGCAGCUGAGCUACCAUGCACCGAGGACGUGCCACCUUGCGGCGACACCUGUGACCGUUUGUUGAGCUGCGGGAUGCAUCCCUGCUGUCAGCGCUGCCACACCGGACCCUGUGGCAAGUGUCGCGAGACAGUGGAGAAGACAUGUUUGUGUGGAGCGCGUCAGCGGGCGGUGCAGUGUGGCAGUAACUAUACCUGUGACCUGAAGUGUACCAGGAUGCGUGAUUGUGAGAAACAUCAGUGCAAGCGCAAGUGCUGUGAUGGGGAUUGCACACCGUGUGAACUACCAUGUGGUAAAACGCUAUCCUGCAGAAACCACAAGUGCGCCGGUCGCUGCCACCCCGGUCCGUGUUAUCCGUGUCCGCUCACCGUGAGCAUCUACUGUUCGUGCGGCGGCACUAAGGUGACGGUGCCGUGCGGUCGAGAGAAGGUCACCAAGCCCCCGCGCUGUCACCUGCAGUGCAAGGUUCCUCCAGACUGUCACCAUGCCAGCAGACUCGCGCACCGCUGUCACGCGGGCCGCUGCCCGGUGUGCAGGCAGACGUGCGAGCUGCCGCAGAAGUGUGGUCACCGCUGCCCGCGGCCGUGCCACACGGCCGUGCUUGUGCGCAAGCAGAGGAAGGUGGAGCGAGCAGGGCCGUGGGAGCCUCCUCCGCAGGUGCAGAUGUUCGUUGAGAAGCAGCCCUGCCCACCUUGCCAGGUUCCCGUACGGGUGACCUGUCUGGGCAGACACGAGACAAGCACGAUGGGAUGUGCGGACGCACGACCGUAUUCCUGCUGCAAUCGCUGUGGCCGCCUUCUCGCCUGCGACAACCACAGCUGCCAGCUGAACUGCCACCUGGUGUCAGGAGCGACAGACGAUCAGAGUGCCGGCGAGAAUUGUCAGACUUGUGACGUGGCAUGCGACCGACCGAGGCCGAAAGGAUGCAGCCAUCUCUGUCUGCUACCCUGCCACAAUGGAGAGUGUCCACCGUGCAAGCAGAUGGUCAGAGUGCGCUGUCACUGUCAGAUGCUUAACCUCUAUGUGGAAUGUCACGUGUGGUUGUCAGCCAGUGAGAACGACAGAGAGAUGCUGCUGUCGUGUAAAAACCAGUGCCCAAAGAUGCUGCCGUGCGGCCACCGCUGUACACUGCAGUGUCACAGCACCAGCUGUCUGCAGCCGUCCAGCUGCGUGGAGAAGGCCAAGCUUCGGUGUGCGUGUAAGAGGAGGAAGAGGGACUUCACGUGUGCAGCAGUGCGCAGCGGGACAGUCACGCUGGAAUGUGACGCAGCGUGCACGGAGAGACAGGAGAAACUAAGGAAGGAGAAAGAGAUUGCAGAGCAGCAGGCAGCACUGCAGAGAGAAGAAGACGCGAAGGCAGCGCUUGAGGAAUAUGAGAGGCUAAUGCAAGGUCCCAAGAGGAAGCCUCGUAAGCGAAGGCAGGUCGAGGAGGAGAUCAGCAUCUGGAGGAAGUACCUUCCUCACAUCGUCACGGCGACUGUUCUCUCUGCGGCAGUUGGUUACUUUCUGUGGCUUAAAUCUACGAGCUAAGCCACUCGUUGUUGUUCAGAUAAAUGUGUGCUUCCU